UAAGUGUCUGAAACCACACUGAAACCUUUACGAACGUACACCCUUGCUACCGAAGUACACCCAAACUUCUUCGAAAGCACCCAAAACUACCACUGAAAUACGCCGGAACUACGUCCGCAGAUUAGCCGCCCACAUCACCCGUUGGCUCUCGACUAUUCCCUUUUUCUCUUCAUUUCUCCCUUAAGAGCGUUCCCCAUCGGUGAAUCCCCAAUAUGACCACUGCCUACAGCUUACAUCCUGUGUCGUAUCUCAACGCUACUCAGGAAAACAUGGCAGGAAACGUGCUUGAGUUUGACUUGGACCCGGCCUCGGAUGCUGUCACCAACUCGCCCGCCACCCAAAACUCAAACUCGCCACACGACUCCUUCUCCUCGCAGCUGUCGGCGAACUCCCCGCUCCGCCACCACGAGCUGAUGAAGCAAGACUUCUCGGCGGCCACGUUUGUGCUGCCCUAUGGUGGUCACAUGGUCCCCGCCAACAACGCCUCAUAUACUAUUUCUGGAAACGCGCCAGGCGGGCCCCGGCAGUGCAAAGAGGAGUCUCUGGAUGAAGUUAAGAAGCCCAAGAGAACGUACAACAAGGUGCGUGCUGCCGACAUGAAGGGCCCCUUCCGUUGCCACUGGCAGCUGUGCAAUGAAAUCUUCGACGUGCCGGAAGUCUUGUACGACCACUUGUGCCUCGAUCACGUGGGCCGCAAGUCGUCCAACAACUUAAGCUUGACAUGCCAAUGGGAAGGCUGUGGCAUCACCACGGUGAAGCGGGACCACAUCACGUCCCACUUGCGCGUGCACGUGCCCUUGAAGCCGCACCACUGUGACUUGUGUACCAAGAGUUUUAAGCGGCCACAGGAUUUGAAAAAACACUCGCGCGUGCACGAGGAAGAGUACCAGAAGACGUUGAAGAAGUACCAGAAGCACCAGUCGCAGGACCUGUCUGAUGAUGGCUCCUCGCACACAAUGCUGUCCAUGCACAGCUCAACCAACAUUCUUAACGACUUCAACUUCACGGGCUCUCUCAACAGCGCUAAGAAGCAGCGGGUCGAUGCCCACUACAAUACGGACAUGUACAACCGGUUGUCCUCGUAUGAGGACACGUGGGGCUCGGGGAACCGGAACGCGGCGUUCUCUGCCCCACCCGCACCCAACCAGAUCAACUUUUCCGAGGCGGAGAAGUUCUUCAACAACUUGUCAUCGUCCAUUGACGCGCAAUACGCCAAUUUCAACCCCGCACCCCAACCUGUUUACCAAGCCCAGGCGCAGCCCAUGUAUCCAUCUGUUCCGCAGUUGCUGAACAGGAUGCAUAUGCCGAAUGGCUUCAGUGCCGACGGCUAUGCUCCGGCGCCUUCGGCUGGCUUCCCACAGGUGCACCGCCAGUUGGGCCAGGUGCCUCAGUACGGCCAGAACUACUCGGUGUAUCCUGAGUUUGGCGGGGUCAGCAACUCACAAAAGACAGGACAGUCCCUCGAGAGCGAGCAAGCCAAGGUGCCAAAAGACUCUUCAAGCACCGAGUUGCUGGACGACGCUGCUGCGGGGUUGCUCAGCAAGCUCUCUCUUGGCGAGAAGUUUGAUGCCGACACGGUGAAGAAGCACCGAGACAUGAUUAAGAUGGUGUGCGAGUUCUUGGCUGCGCGCAACCAACAGGCCGGGGGUCUGGAACCUCGUGCCAAGGAGCAGGAGGCGAAGCCGCAGGCCAUGUACCCAGAGAUCACUGCCUUCUAAGCGGUGCCCGCGCUCUAGCUGCGCCCGCGUUCAAUUCUUCUUCUUGGGUUUGGGUAUGUGCCUCUCUCUGAUUCCAACUUCUGUUCUACUUCGAUGCCUGGCCCGCAGGUGUAUGUUUUUCUUUUG